CCAUAAAGAAGGUCGUUAAAAAAACUUAGUUGUUUAGUAUCAUUCGAUUUAACACAUUUUUUCGACAAAUUCACAUCUUCUCCAAAUUUUCUUGAUAGCGUCAUGCAUCAGUCAGACUCAGAACUAGAAGUAGAACCCAAGUCAAGCUUUAUUCUAAAGCGGGCAAAAUGGAUUGGAGCAUUCUCUUUUCUUCUUACCGCUUUCAUUUUAGUUUUGCAGGUCGGAUAUCAGAAUUUUUACUCUUGGAAUGACUGGCGCACAAUUGGUGUUGGAUUCGGUGAAUGUUUCUGGCUUUUCACUAUGGGCAUUUCGAUGUUUUGCUGCCCCAGGUGGAAAAGAAUCUUAUGCCUAUCGUCAUUCUCUCUCACUUUUGGAUUUGCUUUGAUAUUCAUCCACUCGAUGGUGAUUUAUGAAAUAUCAAAUUCCGAUUGCGAAUUGCAUUCGACGAAUUCCAUCGAAUUUGAUCAUCUCGACAUUGACAGCCUCUUUGAUGACGACGAAAUAAUAUGUGACGCAAUAAAUUGGAAAUUAGCUAUUCAUCUUUUGACGAUUGGACAUGGCAUUUUAUCCAUCGCUUUCAAUGCUAUCAUAAUUGUAAAGGGAAAGGAUCCAAUCUGUUGCAAAAGUUGUACCUUUAACACCGAGGUCGAAAUCGAACUGAAUUCCGACAAAAUGGAGAAAGUGAAUAGCGAAGAAUUCAAAUCUUUUUUUAAUAACCCUUGA